AUGCAGGAAACCAAGAAAGCAAGCUCCCCAAGCGGGCCAGGAGCUGCCACUGCGGCCAGGUUUCCAGGUCAUGCCUCGAAGCCUUCCACCAGCGAUACGGGCUUCUCCCACGGGGCCUACAGCUCGAACCAGUUCUCAAUGGGUGGGUACGGAGACAGGCACCCGCGCCGAGCGAACAUUCCUUCGAUCAACACACAAACUAUGACCCAACAAGGUCAGAACGACAUGGUAACUCCCGGUACGGCCUUCGACAUGCAGUUCACUCCUUUGCUCCCAUCCCAGCUUCUGCUCGGCUCGCCCUUCCAGCAAGGCUCACCAGCUCCAUUCCAGAGCCCUCAAUUCCAGCAGUACACCACGUACCAGCAACCAAGCCAACAGCAACAGCAGCAGAACAUGGGUCCCCUCUCUCCUCAACUCUACCAGACGCUCGUAUCUCCCUCUACCUAUGGCGCGCCCCAGUUCUACGUCCCGCAAUCUCCAACUGCCAAUGGAUUCACGAACUUGAAUAGUCAGAUGGGCCAGAUGCAGAUCCAGCCCGCUUCUCCCGUCCAAUUGUCACCUGGGCUGGCUUCGGGCACGAGCAGAACGGUUUACUUGGGCAACAUUCCCCCGGAGACAUCGGCAGAGGAGAUCUUGGGUCAUGUGCGAAGCGGACAAAUAGAAUCGGUCAGACUUCUGCCAGACAAGAACUGUGCUUUUAUUUCUUUCUUGGACGGAAGCUCCGCCACGCAUUUUCACUCCGAUGCUAUCUUGAAGAAGCUUUCUAUUCGCGGUCAGGAUAUCAAGGUUGGAUGGGGCAAACCAUCGCAGGUGCCUACUUCCGUCGCCCUUGCGGUUCAACAGUCUGGGGCUUCUAGAAACGUAUACUUGGGGAAUCUUGAGGAGAGCGUUACGGAGGAUGAGCUGCGUGAGGACUUGAGCAAGUUUGGCCCAAUUGACACCGUCAAGAUUGUGCGGGAAAAGGCGAUUGGCUUCGUUCACUUCCUAUCCAUUGGAAACGCGAUCAAGGCGGUCGCCCAGCUCCCACAGGAGUCCAAAUGGCAGUCCCCCCGACGUGUGUACUACGGAAAGGAUAGAUGCGCCUACGUGUCCAAAACUCAGCAGCAAAACGCUGCGCAAUACCUCGGCAUUGCCCCUGGGUACGCUCAUGUGCUCAACGGUGCCGACCGUGACCUCAUCUCCAAUGCUUUGGCUCAACAAUCCGUCGCAGCGGCCGCCGUUGCUACUACUGCCGGAGGCAUCAACAACCUUGGCAACCGAACCGUCUAUCUCGGAAAUAUUCACCCCGAGACGACCAUUGAAGAGAUCUGUAAUGUUGUCAGAGGUGGACUUCUGCACCACAUUCGAUAUAUACCCGACAAGCACAUCUGCUUCGUCACCUUUAUUGACCCGACUUCUGCUGCUUCUUUCUACGCUCUGAGUAACUUGCAGGGCUUGAUGAUCCACAACCGGAGGUUGAAGAUUGGAUGGGGAAAACACUCGGGCGCUCUCCCAGCCGCGAUUGCUCUUGCCGUUAGCGGUGGGGCUUCCCGAAACGUCUACGUCGGAAACCUGGAUGAGUCCUGGACCGAGGAGAGGCUGAGACAGGACUUCUCCGAGUACGGGGAGAUUGAGCUGGUCAACACUCUUCGGGAGAAGAGCUGUGCAUUCGUCAACUUCACCAACAUUGCGAACGCCAUCAAAGCCAUCGAGGCUAUUCGAGGCAAGGACGAUUACCGCCGCUUCAAGGUCAACUUUGGCAAGGAUCGCUGUGGAAACCCUCCACGUCAAGCGCAAUCAUCUGCCCAGUCACCCCGCAACGAUGGUGUGAGCUCCCCACCUCCGCCCAACAGCGGCGGUCUUCAACCCAGCCACAACGGUAGCUCGCCAACGACCUCUCAAGCUCCUGGCUCGGCCACCAGCGGCCAGGGGUUCCAACAGUCGGCCCCUACACCAUCUGCCAUCCUCAAUGCUGGUAGUAACAACCCCCUUACCAUGUAUCUGAACCAAGUGUCCCAGCAAGUGCAGCAGCAAGCCCAGAAUCAGCAACUUGAUCCUUAUUCCGUAGCUCAACUCCAACAGCAGCAACAACAAGUCCUCCAGGCCCAACAAGCAGCUCUGUACGGCAACGGCUCCCAGAAUCUCGAUGCACUUGACAUCCAGCAGAACAUGAACCAACCACAAUCUGCCAGCAUCAACGGAUUCCAGAACGGGACUUCCAACGCUCCCAUCACCAACGCCCUAUUGGCUCCGGCCCGCAGCCAGCACAACCGUGCCGCUAGUCUGCCCGCCUUUGCUCAGCAGUUCCAAGAGAACGGUCAGCCAAACGCCAGUGAGCAGCAGAGACGUGGUGGUCACCAGUACCAGAGUUCCUUCUCGGGCCUCGGUAACGGUAAUUUCACUAAUGCCUACGGACUUGCGAUCCAGGAAAACUCGGGCAUGAACGGACUUAAUGGUUGGGUUGAAGAGGAGAUUGUCGGCAACUAA